UCGUGACGUCACAGGUCUGCGUCGCGGUCCCGUCUGUUAUUCGGCUGAAGAGAGAUAAACUCCUGCUGAAGCACACUGUUAUAAAGAUGGAGUUUAUUAAAGAGGAGAGUGAAGACGUGAAGAUUGAAGUGGCACUCAAACAUGAAGAUACCGAGGAACAAACAGACCUGAUGUCGCUGAAAGAGGAGAUUACAGAACUGAAUGAAAUGGAAGAGAAAAAUAAUGACUCUAUGACUGGAGAAAAUUCUUCUAGUUUCUCACAGACUCAUAAAACAGAAACUAAGAACCUGGAAGUCCACAAUGAAGAGAGUCAUUUUAGCUGCCAGCAGUGUGGAAAGAGUUUCAGUCGAAAACAAAGCCUUACAACCCACUUAAAAAUCCACAGUGGAGAGAAGCCGUUCUUAUGCCCUCAGUGUGGAAAGAGUUUUACAAUGAAGAAAACUCUUCGUGCCCACAUGAGCAUUCACACUGGAGAGAAACCUUACUCCUGUGAACUGUGUGGGAAUGUUUUCUCACGAAAAGAAAGUCUUAACGUUCACAUGAGAAUCCACACUGGAGAGAAGCCCUACCCCUGCCAGCAGUGCGGGAAGAACUUCUCAGUAAAGGGAAAUCUUAAAAUUCACAUGAGAAUUCACACUGGAGAGAGACCAUUUAUAUGCCCUCAGUGCGGAAAGAGCUUCUCACUAAACAGGCAUCUUAAAGUUCACAUGCAAGACCACACUGGCAAAAGGUUGUUCAUCUGCUCUCAGUGUGCAAAGAGUUUUAAGCAGAAAAAAGAACUUGAUGCCCACAUAAAAAUUCACACUGGAGAGAAGCCUUACUCCUGCAAACUGUGUGGAAAGAGCUACAAAAUCAAAGCAAUCCUCAAGAUCCACAUGAGAGUUCACACUGGUGAAAAGCCUUUCGUUUGCGAUGACUGUGGAAAGAGUUUCAGAUAUAAAGAAAGCCUUAAUCAUCACAUGAGGACUCACUCAUCAGAGGACUGUUUUAUAUGUCAUCAGUGCGGAAUGAGUUUCCCAGACAGGAAUCACCUAGAGAAUCAUGUUAAAAAUCAUGUCGGAGUGAAGCUUUUCACGUGCCAUGAAUGUGGAAAGAGUUUCAAACAUAGAGUGACCUUUGUGAAUCACAUGAGAGUUCACACUGGAGAGAAACCAUUCACCUGCCCUCAGUGUGGAAGGAGCUUCACAAUUAAAGGACACUAUGAGUAUCACAUGAGACUUCACACUGGAGAGAAACCUUACACCUGCCCAGAUUGUGGAAAGAGCUUCACAAAUAAAGGAAACCUUAAUACUCACAUGAGAGUUCACACUGGAGAGAAGCCUUACAAGUGUCCUCAGUGUGAAAAGAGCUUCUCAUAUCACACAGAACUGAAACGGCAUGUGCAAACUCAUUCUGGAGAGAAAUUGCUGUUUUCCUCAGUGUGACAAUAAGUUUAGAAAAAGGAGCAAUUUCAACAGUCAUUGUUGCAUUCACUCUAGACAAAGACAAUUAAGUUGUGUUCAGUGUAAUUAAAACAUCAAACUUAAACAUAGAAAUGGAAAGUCAUUAACAAACCAGAUUCCCAAAAAGUUGGGACACUGUACAUAUUGUUAAUAAAAACAGAAUGCACGAUGUGGAAGUUUUAAAUUUCAAUAUUAUAUUCAGAUUUUAAGGGAAAAUAAGUUGAUUUUGAA